CUCUCUCUCUUAUAUAACCAAAAAAAAGAGUUGUGAAUCAUUCUGAUUCUCUUGUAAAUAUUUAGUUGUUGAAACUUAAAACGUCGUCAUGGCUGAAGAGGAAUCGAAGAAGGUGACAGAGACCGUUACGGAACCAGCUCCAUCACCCCAAGCUCCGGUGGAGAAGAAACCUGCAGUUGCUGCCACGGAUGUCUCUGAUCCUCAGGAGAAACCUGUUGUUGUUGCUCCACAGGAGAAGCCUGUUGUUGCGGCCGAGGAUGUUGUUGUUCCACAGCCACAAGAGAAGCCUGUGGCUCCACCACCGGUUCUUCCAUCUCCUGCGCCCGUGGAGGAGAAGCUAGAGGACUCCAAGGCUCUUGUUCCCGUCGUCGCUAAGGAAGUAGAGGAAGAAAAGAAAGAAGGAUCAGUUAAUCGAGAUGCUGUUCUGGCUAGAGUUGAGACAGAGAAGAGGAUGUCACUUAUCAAAGCUUGGGAAGAGGCUGAGAAAUGCAAAGUGGAGAACAAAGCUGAGAAGAAGCUUUCUUCAAUUGGGUCAUGGGAGAACAACAAGAAAGCAGCUGUGGAAGCUGAACUCAAGAAAAUGGAGGAGCAAUUAGAGAAAAAGAAGGCAGAGUAUGUGGAGGUUAUGAAGAACAAAAUAGCUCAAAUUCACAAAGAGGCAGAAGAGAAAAGAGCGAUGAUCGAAGCUAAGCGUGGAGAAGAGAUCCUCAAAGCCGAGGAAUUAGCGGCCAAGUACCGCGCCACCGGAACCGCUCCCAAAAAGCUUUUUGGGUGCAUAUGAUCUCUAAAUCAUAUCCAUAGCAAAACUUGUUGGGAUUAAUAUGGCAACAUAGAAAGUUAUAAGGUCAAAAAUGAAAACAACUUAUAUUGAUUGGGGUGCGUUUGUUAAUUUAAUUUGUAUUUGUUUGUUCAGCUUUUUUCAUUUGAAACUUGAAAGGCUUAUUCCUAGCUUUAUGAAUUGGUACGUGAAAUGAUAUAAUUUUCUUUCUUUAUUGCGUAA